UUUAUAUGUAUCGAGGAGCUGACAAUUAGCAGAGGCAAUAUCAGAAAAGCCACUGAAGACGUUCCUUGUGUGCCAUUUCUUCAUUAUUCCAUGUGUAACAUUAUACAAUCGUCCCACUUUCGUAGAGACUCUAGUUUUAAGAUGGCUCCAAAUCGUUAAGUGGCCUUGACUUUGUCAGUGAAUAUACUUGGACUUAAUAGACAAUGCUACGUGACACAUUCCAAAUGUGUACUACAGAAACCUUUCAAAAAGUUAAGCUCAGUUGGGUGUGAGAAGAGAAAUCUGAAGUCCUAAGCCAAAAGGUUUGCAUUUAAUCAAGGUCGUUGUGGGUUCAUCCUUCUGAACUAUUUAGCCACAAUGGAUUUUCCAGACAUUACCAUCGUAUUAAGUAAUGACAUUGAAGACUGGGGUGAUUAUUUAUCAGACUGUUUUCAUCAACGUUUAGAUCCAUCUUUGAAAAUAGAAUUGUUGGAUGUUGAAUAUCUAUCGUUCCCCCUUCCUGACCAUUGUGUCAUGAGUUUGGAUAGAGCCAAGGUGGUUCUAGUUAUACUGUCUGAAGCUUUUUUGAAGUUCAUAGAGGAAAACCCCAGAUCCUUUCAGUUUAUUUACCUACUGAAACCUUCUCAGACUGUUGCUCUGAUGUGUGGACUUAAAGAUUGUGAAGUGAAUUCCCAUUAUAAGGAAUUGCUAGUAAUGUAUGAUUUGUGGUUACGACUAGAGACACCAAUUAUAGAAGGGAAGAUGUUUCUACACAACGUUAUUAGGACAGUUGACAUGAUCUUAAAACGGUUAACAGACAAAAAUCAACGUUCGCAAGAGUUGCAGUUUGAACUGUGCCCUAAAGUAAUUCACAAGAAAUCCAGAGAAGUUUUUGCAGUCUUAAACGUACCUGUGAAAGAAGAUCAGGAUAUCAUAUUUAUUCUGGAAAAAGACAACAAACAAGAAAAAGUGGAAUCAACCCGGCGAAAUCCGUUCACAUUCCAGUUCUCGGUUCCUGCCAGUUUCAUUUCUACGUCCUCAAUGAUAACAGUUUGUAUAUGGAAUAGUGAGGGGUACUAUGGUCAGAAAACAUUGUACUAUCAAUCUCCAAUGGCGCAAAUGCUUGAACUAUUGGACGAUAACGUUUCUCCCUAUGAGCUAUUGUGCCAGAGCCUCAAUGUAACAACGCCUGUAGAUGUUGACCACCGGCUAACUCAAAUUUUCAAGGCCAACCUUCCGUCAGAGGGUUUCAAUCUGCUCGUGCCACCUCCCGAACCGCUGCUCAAGACCGAAGAUGAAAUGCCAACUUUGCUCCACUUCGCUGCUCGCUACGGCAUGAAAGAGUUUACUUCUGUUCUUUUAAAGUCGCCUGGAGCCGCGAGUGCCUGUGGCUUUGAGAAUUGCCGAGGACUUCUUCCAGUCCAUCUUGCACGUUUAAGAAACCACACAGAGACUGCAGACAUACUGGAUUCAUUUCAAGAAAAAUUGGGAUAUGAACCUCACCAGACUGCCGAUCGUCUUUCGAAGACGAAAGACAACGAACCAAACAGAAUUUACUACACUGUCAUGCAAGAAAAUCCAGCUCAUUUAAGAAUAUACGAAAGUAUUUGGAAUUCUCAGAGUUUACACGACAUAUCUCAAGAGUCCUCGGAAAUUUCAAAGCUCCAACAUUGGCCUGUUACAGAUUCCAAGCAGAGUUAUCCUACUUAUGAAAAUAACUCUGUUAAUCCACCUACCCUUCCACAAAGAACACAGUCUAUCCCAGAGGAUAAAUCUGGACAUUAUGAAAUGAUGUCGCCAGUUUUCUCGUCAGAGGAAUCAGGACAGCUUCCACCCCAUAAGAAAAUUAUUCUGGAAAGCCUGAGUAGUAAAAGAAAGGAAAAAGAAAGUACUAAGAUGAACGAUGACGACUACUUUUCACCUGUAAAAGAAGAACCUCGAGCUGAUUCUCCUGAGUGUAAAAAAUGUUGUUUUCUCUCACCCCAACAAGAACUGAUAGCCUUUAACGAAGAGUACAAAAAAGAUGUCAGUACGAUAGAGGCGGAAAUGAAGUUCAGAGAUUGGCAAAAGCGGAACAGUUCUUCAUCCGGGAAGAAAAGUAGCGGAUAUUCUCGAGACCAGAACAGCAAGAUCCAGAGCUCCAGGAGACGGCGUUCUAACUCUUUCUUUGACCUGUUUAACUUUAUAUUUGGUUUAUUCAAGCAGAAAGGAACUUCAGCUGUUAAGUUACCUGACGUCACCGAUGGUUGCGCUAUCUACUCCGAGAACGAUAUUUUGAAUGACAACAAUGACACAACACUGCAAUACAUUCGAGAUUUAGCACUAAUGGCCUCUAGAUGCGGUGAAUAUUCCAAUGUAAUGGAGCCAGACGACACGUCUGUAAGAUCAAGUAGUACUAAUACGUCGUUUAGCACGAAAUCUUGUCGAGGUAGCAGUGGCUCGAGUUUAAAAUCAAGUGACCGUUGUAGUAGUGUCUGCGCAAAGGAUGGAAACGAUAACGUUUUUUAUUCUGAUUCGGGUGAAGAGAGCAAAGAGUUGAAGGGAAACCAACUAACAGAUGCCGAGAACAACACACACUCAACAUUGAGAACUUCUCUGAGACAUGUUCACAAUCCGUUUUACGAAUAUGUUCUUCCGCGACGUAAUGAAGUUCCAGGGAAUGAAAAACAAGUUUGUUCAGUCGAGCACAGUGACAUGUUAACUUCAGAAGACGAUACCAAUAACACAGCAACAGCAAAAGAAAAGUUUCACAGUAGUCCUUCACAUCGCCCCAAGAUCAGAAGUUUGAAUUCAAGUUAUCGAUGCAACACAGCCUGCACGAAAUAUAUAAGCAAUACUUUUUCCCAUUUUGAUACAAGUGAAGAAGACGUUGAGUUAAGGGAAGAAAUUCAAAAGGCCGUGACGUCUGAAGAUAUUGAAAACUCCCCUGAGACCUUUGUUUCUUCCCUAAGAAAACAGUCAAUGGAAGCGAAGAACAGCACACUGAGACACACACACAAUCCCAGUUACGAGUGCGUUCUUCUGCUACGUAAAGAAGAUCCAGAGAGUGAAAAACACGUCUUUUUAACCGAGUACACCAACACAUUAACAGCGGGAGAUGAUGCAAAUAACGCAUCAACAGCAGAGCAACAAGUUCUCAACAGUAAUUCCCAUCAGCCCAAGACUCAAAGAGGUUCAGAAUCAAGUGGCCGAUGUAGAGCAAUCUGCAAAAAAGACAGACUUGAUAGUGUUUCUUAUAGAAGUGAAGAGAAAGAGAAGUUGAAGGACGAAGAAACCAGGAUUUCCACGAAUGUGUCUUCCAUAAAGACUCUGGCACCUGAAAUUAACGAGAACUCUGUUUCUCCACUACGUACUAAGUCUUCUAGGAGUGAAAAACAAGUCAAUAACCCGUUAACAUCGGAGGAUGAUACCAAAGGAACUUUAGAGAGUACACCAUCAGAGUCGGUGAAUAGGACAGUAAGUCACAGAAAGCCAGACGAUGACAUACCCUCAGCAAAGUCAGCUAGUUGUCUCCAAAAAACGAAUACAUUUUUGCUAAAUUACCGUCAAGACGGUUCAAAUGUAAAGCUUCGUCCUUCUAUUAAAGCAACUGUGAAACGCAACUGUUUGCCUGUAAACUCAGAUCCUUAUCAGUCUUCACAGGCUGAAAACUUAUACGAAGCUCUCGGGACAUCUAUUUUUUCUCAAUGUUCUUCGAAAAGUGUAUCAAACAAUUAUGCUGUGAGCGACAGUUCAACCACCUCAGACACCACUGUAAUGAAAAAGAACAGGAUUGUCUCAUUUCCACAUACAACUUCGGAAACAGUAGAAAACACCAAAAAUGAGUAACCAUUACUCAUACCUAGCAAACUUCGACGUGCAAAAUCCACAAUAUCCAGUGAUUGCAAUUCUACCCAUGAAUGUAUUCUAGAAGCUAGAUCUUUAGCUAAAGAAUGUAGUCCUUUACAAAAUAUAAUAGAUUCAGAUUGUUACGUAUAGAAGGCGUUAUAACUAAUUCACAAUCUUAGCACAUGCAAAAGUUUAUAAAAGUUAUUAAUUAAUGACUCUUAAUUUCUUUCGCUACGUAUAUGGAAGGAUCUUUAAGGAAAUAAAAGUUCACAUUUAUUUUAAUAAAAAGAGCGUAGGUAUUUCUUUAAAGUACUUUAAUUGUAUCUUUAUAACUGGUAGAUUUGAGAUUAAUAUGCUUACUAGUAUUCCAAGUAAAACCAAUUAAUAGUUAAAACUAAUAUUUGUGAAGCUAGACUUGAUAAGCCAGUCUACCGAGGAUUGUUUCUAAGAUAACAAACUUCCACUAGAGUACUUUACCAAAUGAAAGUAACUUUUAACUUAAUAUUGUGUUUUAACACCUCUAAAGUUACAGAAUGGGCUUAUAAGCUUGUGAGUCAACACAAGUGGUCAGGUAUCACCAAAUGAUCAUAGUUACUGUAUAUUCUCCUUAUAUAUAUAAAAUGUGUUUAAUAUUCGUCUAUCUUGUUAUUUUACUGUAUUUAUACUAUUUAAGAAUAAGGUUCCA